UUUAAACCUUUCUUACAUAUUUUUAAGCCUGAAUACAUUAAACCAAAUGAUAUCUUUGUAAAAUAUUAAUACAUCAUCUUACAAAUACAUUGAACCAAAGCCAACAAAGUUGAUUUUGUAAAUCAAUCUAUUUUUUUAAAACCUAAAUGGCAGGAUUUGGGAGAUAAUUAUUGUUAUAAUUUAGUUAUUGAGGAAAUUAACAUGAUAGAACAUAUUAAAAGCAUGGCUCUUUAAAUUGACUUAAUUUUUUAUUAUAGAAUUAUAUGUAGUUUUCUUUAUCAGAAGUCACUUGUACAUCAUCACUCGGCUGGAUCUGAUCAACUAAAAUUGACUCCACCUAUCUUAUAAUGAAAACUGACCGACUUAGUAUCAAGUUAUGUGAUUAGUAAAUAUGCACUAUUGAAAUUGACAUAUUGUCAUUUUAAAUAACUUCUUAAAUUAAUCUAAAAGUAUAAAAUAACUUUCAUUUUUUUACAAUUUUCAUGUUAGCUAUAAAUAUAUUAUAGAAAUGUAAUGAUUUGAUACUUUGUCUAACUUGAUAUUAGCAUCCGUUGUGUGAUAAUAAAAAAUUAUGUAUUACUUAAGAUUUGGAUCGAACCAUUCUAUCAUUAUGUGUUUAAAAAUAAACCUCUGAAUAUUGUUAUUUUCUUAAUCCACAAAUCUUCUUUCUAAUCUCAUAGGCUCCCUUCCCUUUCACUACACCAAGACCCAUGACCUCUUACACGUGGAGGAGAUGAAUGACAGGUGGCAACAAAUGUCAAUCAGCCGAGCUCGAUACAUUCCUUCUCCUCUAUCUUUGUGACUGUUCUCCUUGCUUUGAUUUCUUUUAUCUGACAUCAAUAAUCCUAAACGAACUACAGAGAAUCGACCAGUUGCAUGCAAUUGGGAUCCAAAUCCCCUUUUCUCAAUGAGUGAGCAAAAGUGCUGGUUCCUUGCUUUUGAUCCCUCUCUUAUUCAUCUUCAUGUCGAAAUUAUCGGCUAAUUGUGGUUGCUUCUUCCAAUUACCCUCCGAUCCUGAUUGUGACCCUCUUAUUUUGAUUACCCAAUACCAUCGGUAACAAAAGAGAGAGCCCCAAGUUUGUUACUUCAGCACGACGGUUCUGGAUUUUGGGAUUGGGAAGCUUGUGAAUCCGCUGGGGAAUUAUUAUCCAUAAACAGUAGUCAAUUAAUUGAACAUGCAAUACGGAGGCGUACAGACGACGAUAGUGUGUCACGAAGGAAUUCUCCAGGAUGAGGUCGAGGAAUCGAUGACGCCGAAGCAGUCUUUGACUUCCCCUUCUCUCCCCUUCCUCUUCUAUAGGAUCUCCGACAAUGCAAGGAUCAACGCCAAGACGACUGUUAUACUAUCAUCGACGAUACUAUCAUCGACGAUUUUCCUAGCCGGCGGCCGGCCCCCUGCAUCCAUCUUCCGAACACAUUGGAGCUAGUCUGAAAUAGGGAAAAACACGAUCCAUCACAAACCCCACUUUCGCCAGGACGAAGAUCGGAGAAAAGCCGAGAGAGAGAGAUCGGGAGAGGGAAUAAGGCGAUCCAUCAUUGACCCCAGCUUCGCCUGGAGGUAAAGAAGGGAAGAAUCGAUGGCGGCCACUUGCCUCGCCGCCAAUCGGUCGACGGGGGGAAUCAUCGGAGUAGGUAAGAGUCGUAAAAAAAAACAUGAGUUUGGAAAAAAGAUUGCCUGGAUCGACAGUCAAUAUUGAGUCCGCAGGAGGCUUAUGGUGUACCUACCCGUAGCCCACUGGACCCCUUAAGUAAACUGGCCAAUUAAUUAUACUAAUUUUGUCUAUUUGAUGUGCUUAUUGCUUUAUCCACAUCUUAAUUGCAAUGUGGAUGAUGAUCUAGAGGUUUGACCUAAUGUGGGUGACCAUCCACUUAAGUGUUAGAAUCAAAUAGUGUAAUUUAGGUUAUUGUAUGACCAUUGGUUUGCCUAAUUUUGUAAUUAUGGGUUCAUCACAAUUGAUCAGGAUUCCGCAUAUCCCUAGAUAUAGUUGUCAAUUGCAUGAUCAAUAAGGCUGCAACAUCAGACUACCAUCUUCUUUCGACACGCAAUCCAUAUCUAAAACAAACAAACUUAAGACUUCUUUUCAGAGUCGCACGCAAAUUACACCUUCGACAAGACAUGGCACAUAGAAGAAUCCAAAUUUCAUGAAAGGCUUGAGCACAAAAAUUCUCAUCAAUCAAUCAUGUGAUAUAGGGAUGCUGAGGCAUAUAUAUACACACAAAGCUCAUAAUGCCUCACGUAACAACAGUACAAAGAUGACGAGUCGUCGUCGAAGAGUGUAUUCAAUCAAUCAUGUAAAGUGGUUUCGUUGGUUUGUGAAGUGGAUCACAAGUGCACCUAGACGAUGCAUUGUCCAAAUUCACCACCAUUGUUUUGCAGAAAAGGGAACAAGAUCAUCAUGUUCCUCUUAUAUAAGAUCCACGUUCAUCCACGAGAGUAUAAGCUAGCUAAUGCACUAUGAAAAUCACACCGCAAAAGUUUGGCAAUAUAUAAUAUAAUUAGCAGCUUAGAUCCAACUGUUCGUCGAGGAAAAGCUUGCAUUGAUUGAAAUUUUAUUUAUAGCUUUCGAAACUAUUCAUCUCAAUAUUUACUCAUAGUUUGCUAUAUGAGCAAAGUGCAAUCGAGGACGACGUAGCUUUCAAUUAGGUUAUGAGUUCUCUCCAAGGUUUGCAUUGCAUUCUUCUUUCGUUCUUUAAGAUACAAAAUUGGAUUAUAGGGCAUAAUAUGUCUCAUUAUUAUGCAUUUUUAUCAAACAUGUUAUUCUGCUAUAUUUUACAAAAAUUAUCAAACAUGCUCUUUGUUAAAAUUUCCACCCAAAACCAUCAACCACGAUCGAAGUUUGGUUUGGGAGACAUAAAUGUCUGAAAUAUCCCCGAUAAAUUUCACUUUAACAUUUUUUGUUUAUUUUAUAUAGCCUAUUAUUCCCAAAUAAUUUCACUUUAACAAGACCUAGAGUAAUAAAUAGAGGAGCAAAACUGAUAUUCUCCAUCUCAUUUUAUCGAGGUUAGAUCAUCCAGACUACGGUUCAACCACGAUUGAUUAUUUUUGAAUGAAAAUAAUAACAGAAUGACAUGUUUCUUAACUUUUUCCAAAACACAUGAACAUGUUUAAAUUGAUAUAAAAAAUAGGAUAUAUUUGAUAAUAAAAAAAUACAUAGUAAAACUACAUAUUAUUACCUAUAACUCAUAAGAAUUCUACAGUAGUCAAAAGUGGCUAUUUCAACAUACAAUAUGUAAGUUCUUGUUCAUCCAAAAUUAAACAUAAAAAAAAUCCAGUGGAUGCAUGGGCACCAACCGGUUGGAACUUGGAAGGGAUUGGAAAAGGGUGAAAAGACAAAAGAAGAGAAUAAACAACAGGGAAAAAAAAAAAAAAAAAAAAAGAGAAAUGGCCAAGGAGCAGAAAACAGUCGUAUCCUACGUGUAUGUGGGAGCGCAUUAUCUUGAGAGAUUAUGCGGUUUCGGUUUUCAACAAAUGGAACUUUGUUUAUAAAUGCAUUUUUGGCCUCAUGAUUUUCAAAAAGUAAAAAUUAUUAUUUGUACUAAGUAUAGAUUAGUUAGCUAGGGUGAGAUGCUGCAAUUAAUUAUGUAGUUGGACUUGGUUCUCUUGAAAUUCUGUGUUACCUUUUGUAAUCCCAAUUUCCUGUUUUUUUGUUUUUUUACCAUUUAUGGGAAUUAGGAAGUAAUCAAAUUGAAACAUGCAAUGAUGUAUCACACUAAUUAAUAAUUGUGUAAUGGCAUUGUUUCCUCAGAUAAUAAUGUUUUAAUUCGAUUCAUUCCCUUCCAAUGUAUAAUUCCUUAUUACCAUUAAUGUCAAAAUUGAAAUUGUGUGACGAUACCUAUAAUAAAUUGAAAUCCACAGUCGUCUACGUGCUCAGAUACUCAUUAUUUUGUACAAUCUAGUUAUAUAUGUUGAACAAUUCGAAAGAAAGGUCGCAACUGAACUAGUGCGGUUUUAUUACAAUGGUCACAUUAUUUGUCACACAAUAUGUUUACUAUUUUACUACAAUAUCUUAACUGAUUAUCUACCAUAGAUUCAAUUUUAAGAAUAUAAAGUAACACUUGUCACAUAAUAACUCACUAAAAAAAUUAAGAAGUACUAAUAAACCAACCUGAAGUUUUAGAUUCGAAUUCCUCAAACAACACCUAAUAAUUAAAAAAAAUUAUAUCACUCUUAUAAGAAAAUCAAAAUAAUAACAAAAAUGAUGUAAUUAUAAUUUUAGUACAAUCAACUAUGGCCACCUGUCAACUUACCAUUGUAAGCACACUAACAGCUAUAAAUCAAAGAAACCUAGCAGCACAGGGUUCUCAUUUUCCCCACUAUUUGUCUAUUAACAAGCUGAGCCGAGGUAGGUGAAAUUCGGCUUGGUUCGCUCAUUAACAGCUCUACUCUGAAACUACUCAUGGUUUCAGAGUUCAGUUCCAAUACUUGUGAUCCACCACCUUCUUUCAAAAAAGAACCUGAGUCUUUUUUUUCAAUCGUGCACGCAAGUUAAACCUAUAACGAGACGUGAAACGUAAAAGAAUCCAAAUUUCGUGGAAGGAAUGAGCACAAACAUUCCAUCAAUCAUGUGAUAGGGAUGCCGAGGUCAAGACUCGAGAGUGUAUUCAAUCAAUUAUCAAAGUGGUUUCGUUGGUUUGUUGAAGUGGAACAAGUAAGUGCACCUAGACGAAGUAAUGUCCAAAUUCACCACCAUUGUUUUGCAGAAAAAGGGAACUUGAUCAUGUUGCUUUUACAAAUAAGCAGUUAGUUAGACAGCAGGAGAGUAUUAGCAAGCUAGCCAAUAAGAUAAAAGAUAACAAUAAUUAUUAUCCAUCGAAUACAAUAUUAAUUGAUGAGCACUUCUACUAUGCUAUAUAGCAUUGGUGCUUUAAUGUACAACUUGAAGUUGUACCAUAACAUUAAAUGUAUAAGUUUAGGUUGUACCAUAAAAGAAUUUGGAUCAUCAUAUUAUGGUACAACUUUACAACUUGAAGUUGUACCAUCACAUAAGAUACAAGUUUAAGUUGUACCAUAAAAAAAUUUGUACAAAAAGUAUAGGUACAAUCUGAAGUUGUACCAUAACGUUAAAUGUACAAUUUCAAGUUGUACCAUAAAUAGCACCAAUACUAUAUAUCAUUGUAAAAUUCCUCUAAUUGAUAAUGUCAUCGGUACAUAAGAAGCAGGCAAUCCAUCAAUUAUCGCUUUAUAGGUAAAUGCAAUUUGCAUCACAAAACAAGAAUGGAUGUUUGUUUUUUAUUACCUAGAAAAAUCGUGGAAUUGAUAGCUAGGUGGAAUGUGUAUCGUGGAGAUGAUAUAAAUAUAUAUAUACUUCGGUGCACUCUUUGAAUGCAUCAAACUCUAAAAGUGGUUAUAAUAUAUCAAAUUCAGAAAUUUAAUGGGUAUCAUUAAUCUAAUAUGAUGAUAUAACACAAAAUCACAACUAAUUGAUCCAUUGGCCAACCUAUUAACCUUCAAUUUUGAAUCCCAACUCAAAAUCCCAAAUUGUAAACCCUAACCCUAAAUUUCUAAACCCUAAAUCAUUCAAAUUAAAGUGAAUCUUGAAUGAUUUUUGUACAAUUUCAUGCGGUUCUUAUUCAUCAUACCACAAGUGAUGAUUGACAUCGAUUUUACAUCAAUCGCCUGCUCAGAAUGACGAUUAUGAGGCGGAUCCAUUAAAUGCAAAAAAAAUAG